AUGACGCAGGACUGGAAGCACCAGCGCGCCUGGGAGCAGGCGACUGGGAGCAGCCACACUUCUCGUGGUCAUCCCGUCGGAGCUCAGCCAUGGCCGUGGAGGUCGGGAUCUCAGACGCGAAGACGCAGGACGUACGGGAAGAACGACGACCAGAGCUGGCAGCAGGACCGCGACGGCCACGACCAGUACGACGGCAACGCAAGCACCCGUCACAACAGCCACUGCCAGCAGCAAGACGCCAAGGACGAGCAUGCUCACCACUUCACCCACCACGGCGAAGACACCCACAAGAAAGGUUCACGGGCUCGCUCCACACAUCGCACAACGACACGGACGCAGAGCAGGAAGCACUACGGCGCGCACAACUUCUUCGACGGCUUCCAGUUCUCCAAGAAGCAGCGCGAGAUCCUCGACCAGGUCCUCCCUGCCGACGACGUGCGCAUGCAGUCCCACGAGAGCUUCUCCACGCCCCCGCUGGAGGAGGACAUGCGCCGCCUUUGGGUGACAACCAAGCGCGGACGCAUCGCUCGGUUGGCAGACCAAGCUCAGGGCGCACGCGCCGUCGGCGUCGACGAUGCCAAGAUCGUCGCAGAGCUGUCUGUCAACAAGGCAAUGCUCCUCCUCACGUUGUCUCCCGACGAGCGGGUGCACUACUACCGCCGAUGCAUCGACACCACGGUCAGGCGAAAGAAUGCGCUCAAGGACGACAUCAGGAAGAUGCAGACCGAGCUCGACAACACGGAGGGCAGCUUGAGGAUACUACGGGCUCUACUACAGGAGUCGAAGUCUAAGAGGGACGACGCCACACCCGACCUCGAGUACGACGACUUCUACAGCGACAACGACGAGAGCGAGAAGGAGAAGCGCAUCCACCGCGAGAUCGAAGGCGCCCUCACCGCGAUCAUCCCAGGCCCCUACGAGCUGCCUCACCCACACGCCGACAUCUACCUCGAGCAGGCGACUAGCCAUUUUGGCUCGCAGGCGCCCGACCUGCACGACGUCACGGUCACCACAACUAGCCAUGUUGGCUCUAUGCAUGCACGGAAAUUCAACGGCUCCGACGUCCACAACGAGACGCCCGAGUACCACAGCGCGAUCACGAUAGACUACUUCCCUGGGAUCGAGGAUACCUUCCUCGAUAACAGCAGCGAGAUGGAUAGCGGCAACUUCCACCUCGAUGACGACGCCAUUCGCACGCGGCUUCUGGCACGAGCCUUCAGCAGCAUCGUCAGCAAGAGCCACAACAUGAAGUUGAACGACCGCAGCACCACCAACACCACAGGCGAGAUCAUGGCCAUCGUGCAGGCUCUCAUGUGGUCCAUCGCCGUCGCCGAGCCGCAACCUAUCUGUAUCCACACCGACUGCGAGACGGCCAUCAACAUAUGCAUGGGACGCGCCACAGCAUCAGCAGACGAACAUCUUGCGAGAUUCAUGAAGGUCAUCUUCGACACACUCAAGAACGAAAACGACAUCACCUUGCAUCACGUCCCGAGUCACGAAGGCAUGCCGUGGAACGAGCUCGCCGACGGAAUCUCAAAGAGGACACGCAAGCGCUACGAGAGAGGCCACGACUACGACACCAUCCCGCACAACUUCAGAGACAUCAUUGCGGACACAAAGUACUACCAAUGGGAGUCGAUCCUCCAGCCUGAUCAUCCCGAUCGAGCAGCUUACCCACUACGCGAAGGUGCCACCUUACGCUUUGGAUUACCAACUCGGAAUGCUAGUGUUCGACACCUCAUGGCGCCUAAGACGGUCUCUGCCAAAGAAACCAAGAUCGAGCUCUCCAUUGCAACCUACAACGCCGAGAGUGUCAGAGAGUCCGACGCUCAGCAGCAGAAGAAGUUCACAAAGGCAGCUCGGCUUGCACACCAGUGGCGGGGACCCUUGCUUCGACGACAAUUUCAAGAAAAGCGACUCCACAUCAUCGGCAUUCAGGAGGCGCGCAACGAACGACGUACAACAACUGGGAAUGGAUACUUCAUCAUCAGCAGCCCGCACGACCACUACAACGCUGGAUGUGAGCUAUGGAUCAACGUGGAGGAGCCCUACGCCUACAACAAGGACGGCCCACAGCACUUCGAGCCCAGACACUGCCACGUUCUCAUCAGUGAGCCAAGGAUCCUCAUCGUCAAAGUCACUACGGACUGCAUCAAUACCACCAUUUGUGUAUUUCAUGCUCCUCACAGCAAGAAAGGUCCUCAAGAACGACAAGACUUUUGGCAGCGACUACAGAAGCUCGUACAACAGCACAGACCCAACCUCAUGCUCGCCGACGCCAACGGCCGACUUGGAAGCGUGCAGUCGACAUCUGUUGGACCUGCUGGACUCUCCCAGACCGAGGACAGCAACGGCAAGGAACUUCACGAGAUAGCAGCCGCAGGGCACUACGUCAUCGCCAACACCGUGAUCUCCAACGGCGACGAGCACCACACGUGGACAGACGCAUAUGGGCACAAGCAUCGCAUCGACUACAUCAUCGCGGACGAUACGCUCAUCAGCCACAUCACCGACGUCAAGACAUUGGCCGACAUUGAGACCAUGAAGAAACACCGACAAGGGCAGCAUCACCGCGAGGAUCACCUGCCAGUUACAGCUCGAGCCUGCUGGACCGUGCGGCACACUGCGCCAAAGCAGCUCUUCCCGAAGAUCGACAAGCACCAGCUCAAUGACGAGAAGGCCGUCGAGACCUUCAAGAUGCACCUGGACGCUACUGUCUUACCGUCAUGGGGGACGGACUACGAUGAGCACAUCCACCAGUACAUGCUGACCAUCAUGGACGCAGCGACCUCAGCGUUCAAAAGAAGCGGGAAGAAGAAAUACCAGGAGUACAUCUCAGAGACCACGCUCGACUUUGUCCUCAGCCGACGGAAGUUCAUGAAGCUCCUCCGUAAGGCAACAACACAUGGAGCGACAGCUAGCACGACAAAGCGCAGAAUCCAAAGGCUCAUCAACGACAUCCACAACGACCCGACCCUUCAGAUGACUCCCGAGGCGAUCCACACUACUUACUGCGAGACUUACAUGCUCAACUACGCUGCAGCGAAUUUCCCUUACAACCCUGACUAUCAUGGGUUUUUACAACACGUACGGCACUGGAUCGACGCCACGAGAAAAGUAAUCGUCAAGAUGACCGACAGGGACUACGACGCGUUCUUGGAAGAGCAAGCACAAAAGGCAAUGGAUGCAAAGCGCACUGGCGACACGUACACCGAGUGGAAGUACACCAAGAAGCUCCUGCUAUUCGGCGGCCGCAAGAGACGUAAGCGGCAAGCAUACCCCAUGAUGAACGCAGCAGACGGCACUGUCCUCGACAGCUCCACGAGCAAGGCCGACGCAGCCACACGCCACUUCGGACACAACGAAGCAGCCGACAUCCUCUCCGCUCAGGACGUGGUUGACAGAUACAACGCCAAGGAGGACAGGACCGACCCAGCUCAGCCCAGGAGAACGCGCCACGUCAACAACUUCGCCAGCAUCUACGAGCUCACCGACAUCCUUCACAAAGCGAGACCUCACCGCGCACCAGGACCAGAUCGUGUAUCCGACGACUUCUCCAAGAUCGCCCCACGGCAGAUGGCCCGACACAUGCAUCCGAUCAUCACCAAAGCGGCGCUCUUCUGCAGGGAGGGCGUAGCUCUCAAGGGGUCCAGGAUGACGUACUUCUGGAAGGGCAAAGGCAGCGAGGAGGACCUGAACAACCAACGGUCAAUCACGUUAGCCAACACCGUCAUCAAGCACCACUACAGAUACAUCAGACAAUGCAUGAAGGACCUCAUCCCCACGAUGCUCUUCUCCACUCAGACGGGAGGCCGACACCACUACAGCACGGACAUCAACCACAUGACGAUGCGGCUCCUAUCCAACACCGCCUACCACUUGAAGCACGACAUGGUCAUCAUCAUGAUAGACUUGAAAGCAGCCUUCCACAAGGUAGUCAACCAGCUCGUGUACAACUUCACCCAGACCAAGGAGCAGCUGGACGACCUUCUCGCCCACAUCGACAUCCCCCAUGUCAUGCUUCCCGCGAUUGAGGCCCUCAUGACCGACAACGGCAUUGUCAACCAACACGUGGACAACCAACACAUUGUCGACAUGCUCACAGAGGCACACACUGGGACUUGGUUCUAUAUCGACGACCAGUGCAGCUACGCAGCACCACGACUUGGUACACGCCCUGGCGUACCAACAGCCGACUUCACAUUCAACAUGCUCAUGGCGGACGUCACGCGAGACUACCACGACCACGCCGUCGAGGAUGGAGCGACUUUCGACAUACCGCAUGCCCCACCACGUCUCCGAGCUUGCGACCACAACGCCACACUGUCCUCUACAUCCUUCGUAGACGACGUCAAGGCGGCUGCAUCCACGGCAGACGGCACCAUGAUCCAUGCACUCAUCACCAAGAUGUGGGGACAUCUCAUACGCGCGACACUGCGAAGAGGCCUCCCGAUCAACACCAAGAAGUCCAGCUUCAUCGUCUACCCCAACACCGUCGCAGGCAAAAGAGCUACACGGACCAUGAUACGGGACAACCACAGCAUCACCGACAUGGGGCUCUGCGUCACCAUCGCUAGAAGCACCAAGCUGCUGGGCGCGAUGUUCAACGACAGGAACGACAUGGGCCAGGAGACGGCAGCACGCACCAUCGCGCUACGCGAGACAACAGGCCCACUCCGACGCACCUUGUUCCAACGACAAGCCAUCUCCAUCCAGACUAAGAUCCACUACCUCGAGUCAUUCGGCUAUUCAAGACUGCUAUUUAACGCGGGGACAUGGCUCAUCACAACAGCGCGGGACUACCACAGGAUCAACACAGCCUACGUCACUGCGGCUCGACAGGCAAUAGGAAUUACGCACAAGGCCAUGAAGGACAAGCACAUCACCAACGAGCAGAUACUGGCACGUGCUCAACUACCGAACCUCGAAGACCGACUACGAUGGCUACGACUGCGAGAACUUUUGCGACUCAUAAAAGGAUGCCCGUACGAAACGCAGGCACUCAUUGACUACGACAUCGAAGCCAACGGCACCUGGACGCAAACCAUCAACAACGACAUCCACACAUGCCGACAGCACUGCGACGGCACCCGCAUCACCACCGCACCCAAGGACAUCAUCGACUUCAUCAAGGCUGCACGCAACGACAUGCACACGGUCAAGUCUUUUAUCACGAGCACCUACAAGCGCGCACAAGACUCAUCCUCCGACCGAGCAGCGCAGGACCAGCUGCGGGCAGACCUAUCGCUAACGGCAACAGCACUGGGAGUGCCGCCACUACCCCGACAAGCAGGAACCACGACACCAGCACCAGCCAGAGUUAUGUGUUACCAUUGCGGUGCUACAUUCAAGACCAAAGCAGCACACAACAAGCAUGUCUACGCCGUCCACCAGGACAAGCACACCAUAGACAACUACAUCGUCGGCGACACAUGCCAGGUAUGCUUGAAGUACUUCUACACCGCGAACAGACUUACCAAACACGUCAAGUCGUCACACCAGUGUGCAGCCACACUGAUGCAGUUCGGAGCGAAGCCGCCAACAGAAGACAUCGACGCGCACAAGGAGGAGGACGACCGAUACGGCGGACACAUGGGCGACUUCUGCGGCCCCCCGAACGACAACCACGGCGAGCACCACCCCGCGGAGUACAGGUUGGUGACCACCCCCUCGCGGUGA